AUGAUAUUCAGACGUUAUGGUCCUAUGGAUAUACCGGGUAACAUAGUUAAUUUAUUACAAAAUAUUAAACUCAUAUUACCAGCGGAAGCACUGCUGCAAUUUGUGUUGCAUCGAUUGAUAUAUCUGUUUUGUUGUUGCUUAUCUGUAGACACUCGUGAGUUGAUUGACCACCUGCACAAUUUCCUGCGUGGCCUGCAAAAUCGUAAUCAGGUGCUUCGGCCUUCUUCAACGUCUGCCUUUACUCCCGUCCCUUCCUCUUCCAAUUCGGGCUUCCACGAGGUGACGGCGACACUUGACAACAACCACACAGACGAUGGUACACACAUAGUUUCAUCUCAUCUAAAUAGAGACCAAAGGCCAAACUUGGUAGAUUAUGAAACAGAGCCAAGGGGAUAUCCUCGUGGUUCUUGGCGACACAGCAGCAGUAGUAGUAAGGACAUUUCUCCAGACAAUUCUUCAACGGACAACGAAUUAUGGUUGUCCGUAACAGAUGAUGUCGGCCAUAAAGGUUUUAGGCCAACGCCAGAGCAUCUGGAUGGCAGAUCUUCAUCUCGAAGCAGUAUUAGUCCAACUUCUCCAUCUGCCCGAUAUAUUGUGGAGCAGAAAAGAGUGUCUGAAGAUUCAACGGGAUCAGGUCGUCCCAUUUUCUUUGCAAGUUCCAGACGUGGCUCUAAAGGUUCUAAUCACGACCCAAAAAUGGACACUUCGCCGUAUCACCAGCAUCAGGUGUCCUCUGGUAUCAUUGAUUAUUCCAACCCACUUUCCAAAGAGCAGUACUCCAGGAAAAGUUCCUCAACCCAUUCCGAAGAAAGUGGAUUCAUCAGGCGAGAUUCAAAAUCUGGCGGAUCCAGCAGUUGGCGCGAUUCUAAGACCGACCAAGAAUCCAGCUCUACCAGUCGUGGCGAAAAAGAUUCUAAAUCUUCUGCGUCUAUGGAGGAGGUCUUGGAAUCACUCCUUGCAAUUCCGCCGGUUUCUAGAUCUUCAAGCCCUACUUCGCCACGUAGAUCAAAAUAUUACGUGUUUGCACAUGAGACAAAACGUUCUCAAACUCAAGGAUCUCGAAUGCCGCAAGAGACAAUACCUAUUCAGGGCAUACAAUCACAAUUGGAGGAAAAGAGUCCAGAAGGCCUUAGCAAAACCAAAUCACCGUCUUCCCAGUCAACCACCAUCCCUCAAAUCAGAGAUCCCCAGUGGACAGCAGACGAUGCACGUGGACUUGAAAACAUCGCAGAUGAUCUUGGUAAGAUGUUAGAUGAGAGAUUAAAAUCCCCUCCACAUUUUCCCAGUAGUUCUACCACAGCUUCUAAGCUUCUUCCUCCCUUUUCAUCUCCUACGGACGAGAUGAACCAUGGUUCCUUCUGUCAUAGCAGCUCAACCUCUCCUCUGGAAGAUGACGUCCAGUCUCCGACAAGCAUGGAAGUUCUAGUCCCAGAAGGAGAAGAGCCGGAAUUGUCUUCCAUCAUCGAAGGUAAACAACAAUUUCAUACUUAUAAAUUAGAUUUCGAAAAUGUAUACUUUCAGUCUCAAGCAUGAUGCAC